GUGAAUUCAGACCUCCUUCACCUUUUGGAACAAACUAGUGCUGCUUUCGGACCCGACUACCAUUCAAGUCGAGCUGGAGGCCUGUCUCUAGGACCCACUGUACCCCUUGACUCUGGGCUUUUUGAGUCCUCUUUUGCAGCGAAUGAAAGUGUUUGGUCACUUCGUGAGUGGCCGAUCCGUGGUGGCACCUUCCUCGUGUCAUCGGGAUCCUUGCGCGGUGAUUUGGUGACAGCUUCACCCAAGUUCGGAAUGACCCCCACGCAUCAUUCUGGUGACUACUAA